UCUAUGUUUAGUCCUAUGACUUACAGUUAAGAGGAAAUUGUAAUUAUCUGUUAAUUUUUAAAGGCACAAUUUAAUUGAACAAUAUAAGAAUGGUGGUAUAUCUAAAAUUUUUAAAAAUUGAAGAGUAAUGAAUAUUCACCGUAGUUGGAUGUGGAGGCGUUUGGGUGAUAAUGGAUUUUUUUUUAGAUGAAUUCGUAACAAGGGGUUGAUCAGGAGUUCUUGAACUUUGCCUUUGGUAACCCAUGAUUUCUAAAUAAUGGACAAAUCAAAUGUCCAUGCUCUAAAUGCGAUAACACAAGAUUUUUGAAUCGGAGUGAUGCGCAUUUACACAUAGUAAAAAAUUGAUUCACGCAAUUUAUUGACAUGUGAAUUAAUAUUUUUCUGUAAACUAUAGAAAAAAAAACUUGUUACAGAAGUGACGGAUCUUGAAUUAUUUCAAAGAUGCCAUAGAAAGAACAAAGGAAUUGGGGAGUUCAUGGACAACAAAUCCAAAAGAAUUAGUUUUUCAUUCGAUAUCUCAACUUGGUAUGAUAUCACUAGAGGUCCUUCAAAAGGACGCUUAUAUGGAUUUGGAUGUAGCUCCUCAUCUACAAGCUCAAGUUCAGUCAGUUCUACUCUUAAAGAAUCUGACCAGAACAAUGAGUUAACAAAAGCUGUGGAGGACAUGCGCUCUAAUGCUGCAAAAAUGGAAGAAGAAUUUUCAAGACGAGAAGACAAAAAUAGAAAAUUGCUUGAAAUUGCUCUUGAAGAAGCUCGAAAGAGGGAGGAAGAGGCUCGGAAGAGAGAGGCAGACCUACAAGAAUUAGUUCGAAAAUUACUUCAAGAUGUGGAAUACAAAAACUAUCAAUUUGCUGGUGGGUCUGCACUCCAGGAGCAACAACAUUCCAGGAAAGAUAAUUAGUUUAUUUUUUCUGUUGGUUGUUAAUGACUUAGUUUAUAUUAGUGUUGUUGUAUUAUGAGUAUCUUUUUUGUUAA